AUGCAGGAUGGAGGUGUCCAUGCUGUUCAAGAGGAACCUUUGCCUAUAGCUGAAGAACCCAUCCCUUGGGAGGAGGUGCAACUGUAUGCUGAGCGUCCUGAGAGUGUCACCCGCUUGGCCAGCGACCUUCCCUCUCCCCUCAAAGAAGAGUUAAUUCAAUGCUUGAUUCAUAAUCGGGACGUCUUCGCCUGGUCUACAGAAGAGUUACCAGGGGCCAAGCCGAAAAUAGCCGAACAUAAGUUGCAUUUACUGUCGAACUCCCGACCUGUCAAGCAAAAGAAAAGAAACUUCUCAGUCGACCAGAACAAAAUAAUCAGAGCUGAGGUGGACCAGCUCAGGAAGGCGAGCCACGUUAGAGAAGUACAGUUCCCGUCCUGGCUCUCUAACGUGGUUCUAGUAAAGAAGCCCAACAAUAAGUGGAGGAAAAUCCAGGCCUGGUGCAAGGGGUUUGGCAUAACACAGGCCUUCACUUCUGUAGCAUAUCCACAAAGUAAUGGUCAGACCGAGGUGGUCAACAGAGAAAUAGUACGAGGUCUGAAGGUUAAGCUGGAUCAUGUGGGAGGCAUUUGGGUGGAAGAGCUGUCAAGCAUUCUGUGGGCCUAUCGCACGACACCUCGGGAAAGCACAGGUCUGACACCAUUCCACCUGGUUUAUGACAAUGAAGCAGUUGUACCCAUAGAAAUCGGAGUGCCAUCAGUCAGGAGGACAUUAUAUGAUGAAGAAAACACACAACGACGGUUGUCUGAGCUAAAUCUUAUUAGCGAAACUCGGGACAGAACGACAGCUCAGCUGGAGGCCUAUCGACAAAGAAUGAGACAAAAUUAUAACAGAAGAGUGAUUCCUUGA